AUGGGCCGAUUUGGCGUAGGAGAAAUGAACAACAAUGGUUUGCGGCUGCUUUCGUUUGCCACGUUCAAUGAUCUGGUCAUCGGAAAUAGCCUAUACCAGCAUGCACGAAAGCAUCAGCUGACAUGGAGAAAUCCAUCUGGUCACGAUUCAGCAGUCCUGGACUAUGUACUAAUCAAUUCUCGAUACAGGUCAUCGCUAAAGGAUGUGCGUGCAAUGAGAGGCCCGGAUUGCGGAUCAGAUCACUACCUUCUACGAGCAGUCGUGCAGCUCCGCCUACAGUGUGCUAAGCGAGGUAAACGCCAACCGAAAGUAGACUGGGAGCAACUUUUGAAGCUGGAGGUGAAGCAAGACUUCCAAAUUGCACUGUCAAAUCAGUUUGCUGCGUUCACGGAAGUGGGAACGGUGGACGAGGAAGAACGGCAGACUGCAAAAGUCAUUACCGAAUGUGCUACACAACUGUGCCCAGUUUUGCGCCGACGGACUAAACCAUGGAUCUCGGACGAAACAUUGCAGUUGGUUGACAAAAGGAGGAAGGUGAAGCUGACGAAUGGUACUACGUAUCAGCUACUCAGUAAGGAGCUCCGCAAGAGACUAAAAACAGAAAGGGAGGCCUACUGGAACGCAGUAGCGGAGGAGCUCGAAGAAUCGGCAUCCAAACACGAGUAUCGCAUGCCGUAUCAAAUUCUGAGAAGACUGUGCGGCAAAACCAGAGCAUGCGGAACCUUCAUCAAAGACGCAAGUGGCAAACUCGUGAAGUCAGAGAGGGAACGCUUACAGAGAUGGAGAGAGUUCUUCAUAGAGCUGUACAGCCACGAACUGCCCACAGAACCGUUUCCAGAGCCAGUACCGAUAGAGAUGCCACAGGAACCAACACACGAGGCGGCGCCAAGUAUGGAGGAAGUGAGGGCGGCGGUGAUGUCGCUGAAGAACAGGAAAGCGGCUGGUGUAGACAAUGUCACAGCAGAAGCGAUUAAGGCAGGAGGAGAAGUAUUGGUACAACGGCUCCACCGUCUUAUGUGUCGCGUCUGGCAGACGGAGGCUGUUCCUACGACGUGGAAACGCUCCAUCAUCGUGCCAAUACACAAGAAAGGCGACAUAACGGAAUGCAAGAACUAUCGCGGCACAUAA